UAAGACGUAGUCGUGAUCGCUGUGCUCUUUGUCGACCGUUAUUUUGUUGUCUCUAGUGAACCCUUCGAGGUUGAGAUCCGUUAUCAGUGGUUCGUGACGUUGCCAGGUUCCUGGAGUGCAAACGGCUCGAAUUAUGUACAAUUUUGCGGGACUGUUUGGACUGGGCCUCAUACUGGUAGGCUUGUUCUCGGAAGGAUUAGCUCAAGGCCAAAAUGAACCCUGCUUCAAUCCGAUUGGUCAACCUGGUCUCUGUGUGUUCCUUAGGGAAUGCCAACCAUUACUGGAUAUCUACACCAAACCAUUGAUUACUCCGGACGAAAGUAGCUUUGUCCAAAGCAGCAGAUGCGGUUCCGCAGCAGGCAAGCCAUUAGUAUGCUGUGGUGGCCUAUCAGCAGGUGGUAAUAGCGGUGGUGGAAAGGCCACCCUGUUGAAACCACCACAAUGCGGUCGUGAUCUCUCGAACCGCAUCGUUGGUGGACAGGCUACUGAUCUGGAUGAAUUCCCUUGGACGGCGGUGAUACAGUAUCGCAAACCCGACGGAAGAUAUGGAUUCCACUGUGGUGGCUCGUUGAUCAGUUCCCGCUAUAUCGUCACGGCGGGACAUUGUAUUAAUGCUAUCCCUCGCGGUUGGCAGGUGGUUGGAGUUCGACUUGGUGAAUACAACCUAUCGAAUGAUGGACCGGACUGCAAGGACAACGUGUGCGCCGACAUUCCCGUCGAUGUUGGUGUUGAAAAGAUCGUCGUACAUGAGAAUUACAAUCCUCAAGUUAAGAGCCAGUAUAACGAUAUUGCAUUAAUCAGAUUUGACCGCGAUGUAUCGUUCUCCAUUUAUAUUCAACCGAUUUGUUUACCGGUCGAUGAACCAGAACGAUCUCGUAACAACGUAGGAACGAAAGCUUUUGCUGCCGGAUGGGGACGAACUGAAACCGCAAGCGCCAGCGACGUUAAGCUAAAGGUAGAAUUAGACAUCACUGAUAUGAACCGUUGUUCCGCCGUCUACAGACCUUCCGGUUUGACUUUGCGGGACACGCAGCUGUGUGCCGGCGGCAAAAAAGGUGAAGAUACCUGCAGUGGCGAUUCCGGUGGUCCCCUAAUGAAGCGCAUCAAGUCCAAUUACUUCUUGUUCGGAAUCGUAAGCUUUGGACCAAACAAAUGCGGAACCAAGGACGUGCCCGGUGUAUACACGAACGUGGCCAAAUACGUCGACUGGGUUGAGAAUAAUCUGGAGUAGUACUAUCUUGAUGGGAAUAGUAACUGCAAAAUGGAACCGCGCGGGGAGAUUUCAGUCGAGAUUAUAAUAUAUGAGGACUA